AGACAAUCAAACGUAUUGGGCUACGGCAUUUCGGAUGGUGAUCACCAAUCCAACGCAAGAGGCACCUAUACCGGCUCGCGUGAGAAUAAUUUCUGUUGCUUGGGAUGAAUUGUGCAUAAUAUGUACUGUAUGUCGCGGAGCAUGCAACACUGACAAGCUUUUUACAUUAUUGACUUCAAUAGACUCCAAACCGCUACGCCGUUCUACGCGAUAUCUUCAAUAAUCAUUAUCAGCCACAACGCCGGAAUGCGGAAACAGGAGAAG